GUUCACGAUCCGGACUUUGGUGGCGAGGAUGAGUUUGAAUGCAACAUCUCCAAUAAGAACUUCACCCUUCUGCCCGAGGAUUUCGCCAAUUCGCGUCUGCCAGCCCAUCAAGUGCACCAGAUAUUCAACCGACCGUUUGACAAGACGAAGACAGCCGGAGCAACACAGUACGCCAUCAUGACAGCCGCGCCCCUCGACCGCGAGUUAAUGCCUUUCCAGAAGGUGCAGAUUGUCUGCUCCGAUCGAGAGGGUCACCGCACCACGCAGAACCUCUCCAUCCUCGUAGGCGAUGUGAACGACAACAAACCCACCUUCGUGCAAGAGGUUAUGCACUAUCAGGUACCCGAGAACGCCUCACCAGGCACUGUGCUGAAGCCCUUUGUGCCCGGUGGCGCAGGAGGAAGUGGUGGCCCCGGUGCUGGCGCUGGCGAUCCUCGGCACAAUAUCUCCAUGGUGGCCCUGCGAAACGUGCUGGCUCAAGACCUGGACGUGGAGAAGACAGACAAAUUCAUGUUGACUAUCUUGGCGGUGGAUCACGGUGAGCCGGAACUCACGGGAACCGGCACUGCACAGGUUAGUUUGGAGGUCAGAUUUAAAAUUGCCAUAACUUGCCACUUUUGA